AUGGGAAAACGACCUUCCGGAGGCGGUGGUGGCAGCGCCAAGAAGACCCAGAAAGGCUCGGAAGCUGCUGCUCUCGCUGUGCCUCAGGCUACAGCAGCUACCUUUGUGAUGAACCCGUGGUUGCAAAAGCCGCUGGAUGCCUUCGAUGGUCUCUGGCGUGAACACCAAGACAUUUGUGGCAUCUUGGAGUCCCUGUUCCCAAAUGAAGCUGCUGAAUCGCAUUGGGCCAAGUUCCUGGCUGAGACGUUCCCGGACGAAGAUGAUGUGGACUAUAUUGCUCAUUACCCUGCCCAAGCUGAAAUGGUAUGCCUGCGGCCUUACCAACUCUCUUGGAAGAGGGACACGGGCAACAAGGGAUGGGUGAUGCAGGACAGCUUUAGAAACCUUUUGCAGCUGGUGCUGGCCAAAGGAUUCCUCACAGACCCAAGAACACCGGGGGUGGAAAGUCCAGUAUGCUCCCCACAUCACGAGAAGCUUGUCUUUAAGAAGCCUUACAUGCCGCAGAUUGAACCCUUUCGACUGGAUGCCAGCUCGGUCUCGUGGAUCAAAGGGUGGACACGCAGUUGCUGCCUGCAUGUGUGUGUCAAGCUGGUGGUAGACACAGGAAUCUUGGAGCCAUGGUUGGCCUUCUUGGGCGACGCCAAGAAGACGUUCUCCACUAUCCGUGCGAACUACCGUCCACUGGCUUUGCACGACGACCCCAUGGACAUGAACAGAGAGAUCACUAUGGGCUCCACACUGACGAGAACGAAGCCUAACUGUUUCGUUAAUUUGCACCAGGUGGAGAGGAAGGCCAAGUUCCACGACGCAGAUGUGACCACCCAGAUGGCCAAGUUCGCAGAAGGUCUUUCCGGCUUUCAGCUCAGUCCGGCAGAGGAGGCAGCUACCAAGAACUUGAAUUCAGAGCAGCGGACGAAGCUGGCAAAAAUUGGCACGAGCCACGGGAUGAUCAAAGGCCCAUUCAGUCAUGCAUCCAUAGGAUGCCGGGGCCUGCGCUUGGGCUUCAAACCCUCCAUGGAAAAUGAAUGGUGGAAUGAGCGGAUGGUCAACAAUUCAGAGACCCAGGACCUCAUUAUCGACCGGAUCUUCAAUGACUGGCGGCAACUACCAGUUGGGCUUCGCAAGACAUGUGACGAGAAUGCAGUGUUUGCCUUCCAAAAGAUUUGCCGAUGUUUUCAGCUGUACCUGGAUCAUUUGCAGAGCAAGAUUCCGGCGGAGUUGUUUGUCACUGAGCGGAAGAGGCUUAUGGAAGCAUUCUUCUUAGGCACGAUGGACGACCAUCUGAAAUCUGAAGCAGACUCGCAGCCAGUGCUAGAUUGCGCAAGGAUCCCAGACUUCAAAGCCAUCAUUGACCGGCUUCACUCAGAAGUGACUCUUCAAGCGGCCAAGAAGAAAGCAGAACUCCAAAAGACGCUUGAGAAUGCAACCUUCUUGAGCCUCAUUGAGGACGUCAAAUCAGAUCAAGCCAAAGUGAACGACUACAAGGAUGCUUUGGUGAGCGCGCGUGCGAACUGGAGUCAAGCGGUUUCAGCAUACAAGAGGAGCCGGCGCAACAAAGGGCUGGAGCGAACUGGUGAGUUCAUGAAGUCCCGCUUGGAUGUGGGUCAGAUGGCCGCUGAAGAGUCCAUCCAUGACAUCCCCAAGCACUACUCUGUCUUCAAAACCGUUUCUGCUCGAGAAGUUGCUGGCUUUGGGCCUGAGAACACGGAGACGCUGGUCAUUUUGGACUUCUCCUUGAUGCCGACCAUGACCACUGCAGCUGUCAUGAUCCAGAGCGCGGCUGCCAUUUGUCAGCAAUCUCCUAUGUGUGCAGCAUUGGUCCGCUACCCGAGCAAGAUCAGCACACAGCCAGAGAGCGUAUUCGUGUCUCAGACAAGAAAGAUCGAGGAUCGCCUGCUGGCAGGUGGUCUUAGCAUUGGCAGUCAGAUCAGUGCCAUCGUGGACUGCCGUGAUGCGCAUGGCAACGACAAAAGGGACGCGGUGCUGACCUUCCGGCUCUGCGUUGCGGAUGCUUUCGCUGAGGAAUCGCCAUGGAUGAAUUCUACAGUGAUGGCUCAACAUCGCAUCAUCCAAGAUGUGCAUAUGCUGCCGCCCAGGGACCUCAGGUUCAUUCCUCAGCAAAGUGCGCUGAACAGAAAAGACCACCUCAACCAAUCAGAGCGUGCUGCCCAGAUUGGACCCAAAGCCUGCAAGCAAGUCCUUGAGUCAAUGAUCUGUGGCCGUGCCGAAAGGCAGCCAAGGAACCGAAAGGUUAUCAUUGUGGACAUUCAUCCGACCUUCGGUGAUUGGACAGAUGCGACAUGGCAGAUGCAUCUCAGUCACCUUCAGGGCGCUGACCUCCCUCUUGCAGUGUACAUGGCCCGCUAUGUGUCCACCGAUGUGUCCGAGUUCCAGGGGAUGAAGGCUCGAACGCAACAGGCAUUGAUGGAAUCCUGGUGGAACACCCACGCUGAUGCAGGACCUGAGGAUCCAGUGAACUGCAUGGAGGCAUCAGUGUCAAAGCCCGAGUUUUCCCUCCUUUGCUUCAGCACUGACGGUAAGGUGUCUAUGCCAGAGCUCAUCUUGGAGCGGUUUGAGGAAAGCUCGGAGUUCUAUGGCCAGUGGAAGAGCAACGUCGAGGCGCUGCAGGCAAACAUUGACGAAUUGAACAAGUUGAAUACCCAUGCUACGGAUGGGAGCUGUGUGCCCCACAGCAGCAGUGGCAAUGUGAAUUUGACGGGGCCAGAUAUGAAUGGAGGUGCUGUCACUUCAUGGGAAGGACAACUCGGCCUCGAGGAAGUGGCUGCCAGCAGCUUCAACUUUGACGAUGCGGCCUACAAGAUCCGAGCAACGUCCAAUGCACCGAGCAUUUUGAUCACGAAAGAUCGGUCUAUCUACAUUCACAUGGAGAAGGCUUCGCAUGGCGACGGGCCAUGGACAUUUGGGCCCGGUGAGCUGUUUGGAUUCAACACCGGGACACUGAUCCAGGACGACACCGAAGUCUUGAAAAGCUCACCCAAGUCGAUCAUGUGGCACAUCAAAUCCGACAUUGCCACCCCACUGGCCAUGCACAAGAAGCUGACUACCGUUUCGCAGUUGGUGUUUGAAGCUUUUGAGAAGAACGUUCCUGAGCUCAAGGUUGACCAGCAUGUGUGCAUGCCUAUCACUGUCACGCGCGAGGCUUGGUACUAA